CCGAUAGCAGACUUCAACCACCACCCGUGGCUGUGAGAGAAGGUUGAAACAGGUCACUGGAUUCACUUCAUGCUUGCAUAAAACCUCUCUUCCCCUCUUUGCAUUUCCUCCCAGUCUUUUUUUUCCUCCCUCCACUUCACCCACAGUGCUUCUCUGCCCUCGCUUUGCAAUCCAAUUUGUCCUCUUUCUUCAUCCUUCCUUUCCUCCCUCCCUUCUUCUCUUCGAGUAAUAAGAUUUCUGCUGUUGAGCUGCAGUUUUAGGGGCUACAGAACACACACACACGCACACACACACACACACACACACACACACACACACAGGAGCAAUCUCGACCCCUCAAUUACAGCCCUGCCACACCUCCAGCUAUCUGUAAUCUCCCUGAACAGGCUACAGAGUGCAGCAUGAACAUAUUGCAGAGAGGAGUGAAGAGACGGUGAAAGGUGUCGCUAAAAUAAACUUUGCAAGAUUUAAAGAAGAAAAGAAAAUGAAUCAAAUAGGAAGAACAAUGGCCUGAAAGAGGAGAAAACUGCGGAGUAUUUCUUGUCGGAGUGGAAGAGUUCCAAGGUGAGAGGGAUUUUCGGCAUUCCCCAUUCCUCUCUUUCAUGAUGGUGGACCUGUUCCUGAACCAAGUUCUGAUAGAAAACAAUUCAGAUCAAGAUGAGCUCAACACAGAGCGUGAGAUCAUUGGGAUCCUCGAAAACCGCAUCUUGUUGCUGUUCUUCGCAUCUGCCAGGUGUGAGAAAUGCCAGAUGUUUGCACCUGUUCUGAAUGACUUUUUUAAGAGGCUGAAAGAUCCAGCGUACAUCGAAUACCCCAAACUGCUAGCACUCAUCUACAUCAGCUUGGACCAGUCAGAGGAGCAGCAGGAAAGAUUUCUGAAAGAAGUGCACAAAAAGGCUUUGUUUCUGGCCUUUGAGGACCCGUACAGACUGGAACUUCAGGCCAUGUUUAAGGUGAAGGAAGUGCCAACAGUGGUGGUCCUGCGUCCUGACGGCUCCGUCAUCUCCCCAAAUGCUUGGCAGGACAUCUCUCAUCUCGGCACCGACUGUUUCCGCAACUGGCAGGAAUCAGCUGAGCUCAUCGAGCGGACGUUCGUGCUCAAUGAGGAGUUUGAUGACCUUAAUCUGCGCAGUGCCACCGACCCCGUCAGGAGGCUCAAAUACAAGACGGAGGACGAUAAGAGGAAGAAAAGUUGGUGGAAGUUAUGGGAGAAGGGAAAAACUGGAAAAGAUGAAGAGGAGAAAGCUGAAACAUGGGACAUGAGUAAAAAGGAUAAAGGAACGUGUAGGAGGAGAUGAGGAGAAAGACGGAAGCCUAUUAACAGGAAAUUAUUAUUUACCUGUUUUUGCUCUUACUGUGUGAUUUAAUGAAAGAUGCAUGGCUGAUAUCGUGAUUGUUAUUACUGUUAACAUAUUCUUCUUCUGCAUUUAUUUACUUCAAUAUAUCUACAAAAAUGUAUAAAAGUUUCUAAAAAUAAUACUCAAAAGUUCCAGUAUUCUGGAGGAUUGAUCGUCUCCAGUAAGUGAAAUAAGACAUCAUUUGAGAGCUUUGGACCAUAAAAUAUACAGUAUAUGUCUAUAUUGAUUUCAAAACUACGCAUCAGUGGCUAACCUACGCUUGCACAUAGUUUUGAAACUUUUCACUGACAUCUAACUCAAAAUGGGUAUGUUUUUUCUCAAUACAAAUAAAUUAUACAUAUAGUUGAUCACAGAUUUAAGAUAAAUCUGCUGGUGUAUUUUUUUUUCAUACUGACUCUGUCUCUUUGGAUUCUUAUUUUGAAACUAAAUUGUUAAAUAUUUAUUGUGCUUACUCCAAACACUCAACUGUUAUUAAACUCUAUAUUCCACCAACCAAAACUGUGUCUGCAUGUCGCUGUCAGUGCUUCAUGGCCAUUAAUGUUCUGCUCCCAGCAGAAGGAAGUAAAAUAUUAUUA